GAACAAAUCAAUGGCUGAGGCUGCAGUGAGUUUUUUGGUGGAGAAACUUGGUGCUCUGAUAGUUCAAGAAGCCAUCAAUUUGCAUGAAGGCAGAGAGCAAGUGGAGUGGUUGAAACGAGAAAUGGGGAGAAUGCAGCGCUUUUUAAAGGAUGCAGAUGCAAAGAAGAACAAUGGUGAUGAUGAGAGGGUUAAGGGCUGGGUCACAGAGAUGAGAGACCUUGCUUUUGAAGCUGAGGACAUUAUUGACACUUUCAUGUAUUUCAAGCUCCGAAGACAACAGCCUGGUUGCAUGGGUUUCAUGAAGAGGUUUGUGUUUAUAUUUGAUGAAUUGAUCAGUAGACACAAGGUUCAUGUGGAUGUUCAAGGGAUAAAAACUAGGUUGCAGGAGCUAUCUCAAAAUAGAGAAGUAUAUGGCAUUUCUAAUAUAGAUGAAACAAUUGGCACAACUAGUCAGCCAAGAAGUCAACAUGUGAUCCCUAUAUUGCCUCAACUGAGUGAUGACAUUGAUAUGGUUGGCUUUGAUGAUGAGAAGAAAAAGAUUGUGCAAGAGUUGGUUGACAUAAACAAUGCAAAUCUGUCAGUGAUCUCUAUAGUGGGUAUGGGUGGUCUGGGAAAGACCACACUUGCUAAAUCUAUUUAUAAUGAUUUUGAAGUCAAGAGAAGUUUUCAUAUGUUUGCAUGGGUAAUCAUAUCUCAACAAUAUACCAUCCCUGAGAUUUUGAAGGAGAUUUUGAAGGGAAUCUUGUCUGAAAAAUUAGAAACUCCAUCAGAAGAUACAAUCCAAACUCUCUCAAUAAAAGUUUGUGAAAAAUUAAAGGAAGGCAAGUACUUGGUUGUUCUUGAUGAUGUUUGGAAAGCAGAUGUAUGGAAUGAAUUACUAAAAGUCUUUCCAGAUGUUAAUAAUGGAAGUAGAGUUAUUAUCACCACUCGCUCUUCAAAUGUCAUUAAUAUUGCAGAUCCUACCACCAAACUUCAUAAACUGGGUCACCUAAAUGAAAAGGAGAGUUGGGAGUUGUUCCUUCGCAAGGUCUUCCCAAGACAAGACAUUGAGAUAUGUUGCCCGACAUGUUUGCUUGAUUAUGCUCAUCAACUUGUUCAGAGGUGUGGGGGUCUACCACUAGCACUAGUAGUUCUUGGAGGACUUGUCUCAACCAAACCGCAAACCCAAGAUGCAUGGCAUAAAGUUAUUGACAGCAUGCAAGGGCAAUUUGUGGAAGGUGGAAAAAGGUGUUUAGAAAUACUUGCAUUGAGCUAUAAUGAUUUGCCAUAUUACUUGAAAUCGUGUUUUCUGUACUUUGGUUGCUUCAGAGAGGACAUGAAUAUUCCUGCAAAAACAUUAAUUAGAUUGUGGUUAGCUGAAGGUUUCUUGCCCAAAAAAAAUAGUACAACCACAGAAGAAGAAAUUGGAUUUGAUUGUCUAGAGGAGUUGGCACAACGAUGUUUGAUACAAGUUACCAAACGGAAAUAUGAUGAUAGUGCAAAGAGAUGCCGAAUACAUGAUCUCUUGCGUGACAUGUGCAUUUCAGAAGCCAAAGAAAACAGAUUUCUUGAAAUUUACCAGAAUGACACUACAGAUUGUACUGCCCGACGACUGAUCAUAUUUGAUGAGAUUGAGACUCUAAACUAUUCUAACUCAAAGUUGUGGGGUCUAAUCUAUGGCAAUAAUGAUCAUCUUCGGCCUUUAAGAGCUCUGAGACAACUUGGCAGAUUUAAAUUAUUAAGAGUGCUUCUUUUGGCUCGUUUGUAUAUAUCAGAAUUUCCUAGUGAAAUUAAAUCAUUAAUUCAUUUAAGAUAUCUUGAGCUGUCUAUUGAUUUGAAGGAAGUUCCAUCAUGGAUUGGUCAUCUCCGCAAUCUCCAGACUUUUAUUAUACAUCAUGGUAGUAGUUUAAAAAAGAUAUCAGAUUCACUCUGGACAAUUGCCAAUCUCAGGCAUGUUUGUCUAGAUAAUAAUUAUGAAUCAACUCCUCCUCCUCCAAAUAUGGGAAAUAAUUUUCCAAAGAAUUUGCAGACUUUGAAAGGGGUAAAAGCUGGAUCAUGGAUAGGGAAAACACUUCCAAAGCUCACAAACCUACGCGAAUUGAGUAUUGAUGGAGUCUCUAAUGAUGAUUCCGAUGCCCUAUCUUCAUCACUCCAGAAAUUGGGUCGUCUUGCCUCCUUUUCUAUUCAUUUCGGAUGUGAAAUUCCUUUGGACAACAUCAUUAAAGCAUAUUUCAAUCAACAAUGCCUCAAGAAAUUAUCUCUUAAUGGAAGUUUGAACCGCAAACAGCUUCCACACAAUGAUGUAUUUCCUCAACAACUAGUGUCAAUACGGCUUAACUUUUCUAAAUUGGAGCAAGACCCAAUGGCAACACUAGAGAAGCUGCCAUGUCUCAAAUAUCUACAAAUCUGGCAAAAUGCAUAUAUAGGCAAACAGAUGAUAUGUUCGGCAACAGGUUUCCCUCAACUGUUAUCCUUGAAAAUUAAGUAUCUUUACGAACUUGAGGAGUGGAAGAUAGAGGAGAAGGCAAUGUCAUGCCUCAAGUCUUUGGAAAUCCACGGAUGUAUAAGGUUGAAGAUGAUUCCAGAAGGACUGAAGAAUGCGCUACUUGAUCAAUUGGUAUUACAGUGGAUGCCUCAAGAAUUUAAAACUAGGAUAAAGGAGAAUACAGGAGAAGACUGGUACAAGAUACAACAUGUGCCCAGCAUCUCCAUUAUACAUUAA